AUGCAGCAGGAAGAUACGAAGCCAAUUGAUGGAAUCUCAUUGAUGGAAUACCAGGAACCUUACAUGGGAAGAAAGGGUAAAGGAGAGGGAGAAGCUGGCAUACCUUUUGGGGUUACUCGUGAAGUUCGUGAUGGCCCGUCGACGGACUACAUCUUGCAUAAGCGCAAGCCUACAUCCUUUGUCAUGGCUUCCUCCCCAAAGGAGGGAACAGAUAUAUACGGAGGAUUUCCUAUGUCUACCUGUGUAUAUCCGACAAGAAGCAACGUGCCCUUGGCGAUCGGGUUCACAUACUGA